AUGGCAGCGACGAUCGAUGCCGAUGUGGUUCAUGGGUUCAUCGAGCUGGGUGAUCUGGAAGGCUUGCAGGCGUUCGCACCCGCCAAGUUUGACUGGACUCAGUCCCUGGGUGAUCAGAAAGUGCCCGCACUCAUGUGCGUAAUUCAUUUCAGCCUGGUUGGCAGAGAAGAUGUGCAAAAGCAAAGCCUCAAGAUGGUGGAAUGGCUCCUCAAGGCUGGAGCUGAUCCUCGACAGAAGCUUCCGGUCGAUCACCGUUUGCGAAGCUACCUUUCCACGUCGACAAACGAGGAGGCCACGAAGUUCGUUGUGGACUAUGCCGGGCAUUCCGCUGUUUCGCUUGCUUUCGCAUAUCUUCAGCAAAUGCAGAAGCGGUAUGGCAACGCGGAUUGGUCACGCGAGGAGGCACAUCUGAAAGCACUCCUUUCACUUCUUUCGCGCUCACAUGCUGCCAAGCAUUCUCAGGGUGCAGAUGUUACUGUGCCUCGGAGCACUUUGGACUUGUGGGAGUCCAUGCGCGAAUUGACAGCCGCACACAACGUGAUGUUCGAGUGCUCAGACAAAAAGGUGUCGGCACACGACCAGAUCUUGAUGUUAGCGUCGCCCGUCUUGAAGGCCAUGCUCACGUCUGCAAUGAAGGAGGGCUCCAGCUGGUGCAUUCAAGUUAAGGAUUCCUCAUCCUCGGGCGUCUCGCUGUUCCUGGAUCUGCUGUACACUAGCUCCACUCGUGAAGACCCCGACCACAAGACCAUGCUUGAGGCUUUGGACUUGGCCCACCGCUGGCAAGUCCAUAGCGUCGUGCAGACCCUGUGCAAAGCACUGCGUGAAAUGAUCGAUGCCAACAACUUUGUGGCUAUUGCAGAGGCUGCGUCGCUUAAAGGGCUGGAGACGCUAGAGAGAGCAUGUGCGCACUUCGGCUCCCAAGACGAACAAGUCCAGGCGAUGGUCCAGAAAGGCAGUCUCCCGGCAGCUGUUCGGAAGCUCUUGGGCGAGCCUGCACAUGCCGCCAGUGGGGAGCAAGAGGCCAAGAGGCGAAGGAUUUUCUGCUCUUCAUGA